UUGAGUCCAUUAAUCUGUUUACGAUCCGAACGUGUGUAGUGGUGAUAUUCGCGUCCGUCACUAAUAAGAUGUGAUCAUAACAAUUUUAAUAGAUGAAAUUGUUAUUCAAAUCGGCGCGCUUCAUCUCACUUUGACAAUGACAGUUGUGCGAAUGGGAGUGGCUAACGCGCAAGAGACGAAUGACAGUUGUUCACAGUAGACGUGAUGUUGCUCAUCUAGUCCCAACAGCGGUCCGAAAAAGUGGCGCGUGUGCAUCCAAGAGGAUUUAAUUCGGUUUUUGUGUUGUAGUGUGUUUGGUGUAGUGCCGGAAGUGGUGUUUCGUGACAGGAUCAAUGUCUGCGAACAGGUCUUCAGCUCCAAUGGCCCACUGAGAGAUCGACACGUGAAAAAUGCUUCAGGACCUCACAUAGCGGUCUGCCCAAUCGGAGGGGCUGCAACUGUAUAAAAAACCAAACACGAAUGCAAAUAAUGCCUUCGGUAUUGGAAGAAGUGGCCGUUGAACAAUCAAACGCUUAUACACCGUUUGUGGAUUCUAGUGGUAUAACGGUUGUGCCACCGAGCCCUUCUUCCAAACCGUUGAAAAGCAUCGGCGACGUGCAGUCUCUUCUUCAGCAAGGACGUAAGCAAGAUGUCAAACAUUUGCUCAGAAACAAUGCAUGGCCUGUUGACAGCCCCAUACGGGGACAGUUGUGGUCCCUUCUGUGCAUUCAACAUCAAAAUAAAUCUAAUAACAUGUCGGAUGGUUUCUAUUGGGAUAUGGUUAAUCAAGUUUUUGGUAGUACAGAAUUACCAGAUAAGCCCAUUAGCUUGCCACCGUUCGUCGAACCAUCACAUUGCCAACUUUAUUAUCUGACGCAUAGGGGAAGGAGUGUCGCUGAUAGGGUAGUCUCAGUACUGGGAUAUGCCUGUCCAGAUAUCGUCUACAGUCCCACCAUAUAUCCCAUAUGCGCGCUUUUGCUACACUACAUGACCGAAGAACAAUGCUAUCAUUGCAUGGCCAGUCUGGUGGCCUCCAAGGAAAAAACCUUUAUUACACAGACGAAACUCUUGUAUGAAGUCACGUGGAAGACGGUGAUGCAGAUUUGCAAGAAACACGUGAAAGGCGCCGCUGUUCAUCUCCAAAGGCAUUGCAAUAGUUCACGAGCUGAACGCAUUUAUAUGGACUGGAUUUGGUGGAUUUUUCAAGGUCUUCCCUUCCAGCAUUUGGUCAGAGUGAUGGACUGUUUUUUUCAUGAGGGUAUUAAAGUCUUGUACAGGACGGCGAUGGCAAUUCUGAUUCUCUUUCACAAAUCCUCAUCGUCGCCGUCUUCCGAAUGGUUAAUGGAGAUCCAGAAGAAUGGCAUAGAUUCGGCGUUGAAUAAAUUCUGCAAGGAAAUGCCGGUGACGCCGCAGAAAGUGUUAAAAGUCGCAUUCGGCAUUCGUGGUCUGAGUUCGGCUUACAUUUCAAGGGUUUUUAUCAGGACCGAAAUGGUCCUCAAAAGCAAAAAUGUGAUAAAUGGAUCACGACAAUUGGUACGAUCACGAUCAAGUGAAAAUCUUCCCAAUAGCCAAAGCCAGAACAACAUCCAGAUGGUGUCGCAUACACUCACCAUCCGAGAGAGAAUGUCCGAAGAGAUGUACAAUGAAAUGGGAGCACACUCACCAGGUCCUCGAACGCUCUCCAUGGGUAUCUACCCCAUACAGAAUAUCAACUCGCGCAUUCUCGACCACCAGGAUCUCUUAACACUAUGGUCCUGGUUACCAGUGAGGAUAACAAUGUACCAACCGAUAUUGUUAUAUACGACAGAAGAACAUGGAUGUUCGUUGACGACAUUCUACGUCCGUGUUGAACAUCACGAACCGACUUUGCUCAUGAUCAAAACGUGCAACAAUGAGGUUUUUGGUGCCUAUUGUUCGUCUCGUUGGGGCGAAAGGAACCAAAAAGACGAUCGAGGUAAUCGACAAGCGUAUUUCGGCACCGGCGAAACGUUUCUAUUCUCGUUGUACCCAGAAAGGGCCAAGUACCAAUGGGUUGGUAUUGAGGGUGAUAAAGUGGGACAUGGAGCCGAAUUAUUUAUGGCUGCCGAUGCAAAGAUGAUUACGAUAGGAGGAGGGGAGGGACAGGCGAUUUGGAUGGACGAAAACAUCCGAUUCGGUAAGACCGACCGAUGCCAAACCUUCAACAACCCUCCUCUCUGUCCGAGUGGAGAUUUUGAAAUUCGCGUACUGGAAGUGUACGGUUUUGCAACCGAUCAGAUGAGUUGAAAAAUACGAAGAUAAUCGAUCGAUCAUCGAACAAAGCGCAGUAUUCAAUUUUUGUUAAGAGAAGAAACAACUCAUUUUUGUUACAAUUUUUUGUUAUUGUAUAUUUUAAUAAGACGAUGUACCUGGUUGGAGAACUGUCACGUGCAUUCCAUCGAGAAGAAAAGGAAAAACAAAGAAAGGAUAAGAUAGAUAGACGGCGCCGGUCCGAUAACGUAUGAAUGACAAAAAUUCUAGUUUCUAGUCGUUUGUUAAGUGUUAGAAAUUUUAGUUGAGAGUAGAUUUUACAGUAUAUACUUGGUACAAUAGACAUUAUUUGCCGUAUUUUAAGAAUAAUUAUUGUAUAUAUAUGUUCUUUAUGUAUAUAAUGUAAAGGUAGCAAAGUACCAAAGGUAACAAUCUCCAUUAUUCUUUUUUUUAAUUAUUAUUAGAUGUUUUUAAUAUUUAUUACAUACGUAAUGUGCCGAUAUUUUGUUUGACCAAGUCAGCAUUGAUAUUAUUCACUUUUUGACAUUUCCAUCGAUUGCAUGGUGCUCUUGAAGUCGAAAAAUCGUUAAUUUGUUGUGUUUUUUUAAAUAAUUUAUUAACUCGAUGUGCUCAUGUCCCGAAUCAUAUCAUUAGAAAUCAAGAUUGUUGGUGGUUGGAUAGGUAGGUUUAGAGUGUUGAAAAUUUUGUACCGCUACAUUGGUCACGUCACAUCGCUUGUUAAGGGGGUUCCCCUCCGUUUAUUCUUGCAACUUUAGUCAAUUUCUAAGCAACGAUGUAUUUUUAUUUACUGAAUGUUUGACUCAUGUGUAAGUUUAUUGUAUCUUAGGAAAAAAGUUCCUUUCGUGUUGCAUGUCUGGUGUUUCUCACUGUGCUUUUUGUGUGUUAAUUUAAUCAAAAAUCAAGUUUUGUUGGUAAUAGUGCCGCAUAAGCAAUAACUGAUGUGAUACUAUUUUUCAGUCAAGGUUUUUAGGUAUUAUUAACCUAUAAUACGUAAAGAUCUUGGUAGGCUAUUGUGUUUACAAUCUAUGUAUAUACUUCAAUUUUUAAAUAUUUAAUUUCUCCUGACUGUUUUACUGUAGUUACCAGUCUUAUUCUCUGUACUGAUGUAUCUAUUAUUGUAUUAUUCGUAAUGAGUUGUUAGCUCCAAAAUAUACUGAUAUUACUUCA